AUGGAACCGGAGCCAACCCUUGCCUCUCUCCUCAAGGCUAUCCAAACCCUUACCAGUCAAGUCGGGUCCUUGCAGGCCCAAAUCCACACUCAAGGCCAACAGCUCUCUGAGCUCAAAGCCAUAUGCAAGGAAACCAACAACCUCGUUGGAGACAAGGAUCAGGGCGGAGCCCAAGCCAAGCCUGGCCCAUUGACUGGGCCUAUCACUCCCCCCACCCAUACAGGGGGAGAAGCGCACACUCCAGGAACGGUUAGACCUGGGCUCAAGGCCCCCUUCCGCCCUUCAAGAGGCACAGGCUUUGACUCCAAGGAAGAAGAGGAGCCAAGAAGAGUCCCCAAAAGAGAGCCUAUGGGAACGCCUAAACGCUCCCUCAGUUCCCUCACUCCCUUCGACUCCGGGUCUUCAGUGAAACAACCCAAAAUGGAAUUACCGGACCCUUAUAAGGGAGAUACCAGGGGAAGGAAGGCCACACAAUGGCUUGAUCGGAUGCUCCUUUGGGUUGCCCUCCACAGGGAUCAGUUUGAUGAGGAGGAACAGAUGGUGGUAUGGAUUUUAUACCACAUGACAGAUAAAGCUGCCAACUGGGCUCUCCCCAUUAUUGGGACCAUUAUCAAGGGCAAGGGAAAUCCCCCCACUACCAUCCCGGCCUUAACGGCCAAAUUCAAAGAAGCCUUCGCCGAUCCAGACGCGAAGAGGGCGGCCGCCAGGAAGAUUGCCGCGUUAACUCAGACCACCACCACAUCUGAGUACGUCACAGAGUUCCGCAAUCUCAUGGCGGAACUUGACUGGAACACUGAGGCGUACAUUGCCCAGUUUACGCGCGGUCUUCACUGGAAGGUGAAAGAACUCCUGUCCACCAAGGACAAUAUUCCCGACGAUGACCUGGAGGCCAUAUUUGCCGCCUCGGUCAAGAUUGACAACACUUGUUGGGAGAACAAGGAAAACCGUCCCAAGAAGGCUCCCACCAAGGCUCCGGUCGCCACGACCACCACUACCACCACCAGGGUCCAACUGUCCAAAGACCCCAAUUAUGUCACUCCAGAGGAACGGGAUUGCCGCCGCGCAUCAGGGCUAUGCGUCAAAUGCGGUCAGAAGGGCCAUGGAAUCAAGCAGUGCCCGAAUGGCUGGAAAGCCACGAUUAAAGAGGUAGUCAAGCCCCUGACUCCAAAAUUGGACAAUCUAGAUAGUUUUGAAUUUGUAUCUCUUGCUCUAGACUCAAAUAAAAAACCUCUUUUAUUCAUUGAUCUAUAUGUCCAAAAUUCCCCGGCAGAACCCCUCAAAACACUCAUAGACUCCGGAGCCACAUCAAAUUUUAUCUCCCCAUCAAUUGUGGAAAAAUUAAAAAUCCCAAAAACCCAACUCGAAAAUCCACGAGUUGUGAGAAUGCUAGAUGGUACAAUCUCUCAGACUGGCCGCAUUUGGCACCAAGUUCAUCUCACGGUUUUGGCCAAUGGCCAUACACACUCCAUCCCUUUCCUAGUCUGCCCAAUUGGGAACACACCCGCCAUACUUGGCAUGUCAUGGCUCACUCAGGAAUCACCCCUCAUAGACUGGAAUCUAGGCACCGUCACCUUCCCAGACCAAGUCCAGAUAGCCUUGGAAGAAGAAGCAGAUCCUAACCCACUUGCAGAUCUACCUACGGAAUACCAUGAAUUUGCUAAAGUGUUUGGAGAAGAGGAAUUUAAGGUCCUUCCCCCGCACAGGGAAUAUGAUAUUGCCAUUGACCUAAUUCCCAACGCCAAACUCUCCCCUGGACCCAUCUACGGCAUGACUGAUGCAGAAUCCAAGGCGCUGAAAGUACAUAUCGAUGAGGAAUUAGCAACAGGCAAGAUCCGCCCCAGCACUUCCUCAGCAGGCGCCCCUGUCAUGUUUGUUAAAAAGGCAGAUGGUUCUCUGAGACUUGUGGUGGACUAUUGGAAGCUAAAUGACGUAACUCAUAAAAACGUUUAUCCCUUACCACGGCAAGACGAUCUCAUGGCCAAACUUAGGCAUGCAAAGCUGUUCACAAAACUGGAUCUCUGCUGGGGCUACAAUAACGUCCGAAUCAAGGAAGGUGACGAGUGGAAAACAGCUUUCCGCACCAAAUAUGGGUUAUUCAAAUACUUGGUCAUGCCUUUCGGUCUCACAAACGCUCCCGCCGCAUUUCAACACUUUAUGAAUGACCUGUUCAGGGACCUGAUCGACGUAACAGUGGUAAUUUACUUAGAUGACAUUCUCAUCUUCUCAGAAAAGCCGGAAGAUCACCCGCUCCAUGUCAGAGAAGUUCUGUCUAGAUUAAUGAAGAACCAGUUGUUCUGCAAACUGUCAAAAUGUCAUUUCCACGUCACUACAGUGGAUUACUUGGGCAUUGUCAUAUCUCCAGCCGGCUUCUCCAUGGACCAGAAAAAGAUCGAGGCCGUCACUACAUGGCCCACUCCCAAAACAGUCAAACAGGUCCAGGCAUUCCUAGGAUUUGUCAACUACCUCCGCCGAUUCAUUCCCAACUUUAGCUCCGUGGCACGCCCCCUGCAUAAUCUCACCAGAAAGGAAACCCCAUGGUCAUGGGGUAACCUGGAGGAAGUAGCGUUCCAGGAACUGAAGUCCCUUGUUACCUGA